ACGGCGCGGCGGCGGUCACGGGGGCGCGCGGGGCGAUGGCGGCGGCCGGAGGGUGCCGGAAAUGUCUCCUCAGUGGCCCGUGGCUGCUCUCCAGGCGUUAUCCCAUCCCUGCCUUCCCCAGGAGUUCCCUGCACAGGAUCAGCAGCCCUGCCCUGGGCACUCCUCAGUCCAGAUGCUACUCCUCGGGAGGAAGGAAGGGAUUCAUCUCAGGUUUUGUGGAGAACAUCAAACAGGAGUUAGCCAAGAACAAAGAGAUGAAGGAAAGCAUUAAAAAAUUCCGAGAUGAAGCAAAAAAGCUGGAGGAGUCGGAUGCGCUGCGGGAAGCCAGGAGGAAAUAUAAAACCAUUGAAUCUGAAACAGUGAAGACCUCAGAAGUGAUUAAAAAGAAACUUGAAGAAAUAACAGGGACGGUUAAAGAGAGUCUGGAUGAGGUCAGCAAGAGUGACCUGGGCAGGAAGAUCAAGGAGGGGGUGGAGGAAGCUGCCAAAACGGCCAAACAAUCUGCAGAGUCUGUGACCAGGGGAGGGGAGAAGCUGGGCAGGACUGCAGCCUUCAAAGCCAUCUCCCAGGGAGUAGAAACUGUUAAGAAGGAAAUAGAUGAGAGUGUUUUGGGACAAACGGGUCCCUACAGACGCCCGGAGCGGCUCCGGAAGCGGACGGAAUAUUCCGGAGAGAGGAUUAAAGAGCAGCGAGUGUUUGAAGCCAAUGAGGAAGCCAUGGGCAUGGUGCUGCAUAAAGACUCCAAGUGGUACCAGCAGUGGAAAGAUUUCAAGGACAACAACGUGGUUUUCAACAGGUUCUUCGAGAUGAAGAUGAAGUACGACGAGAGCGACAACGCCUUCAUCCGAGCGUCGCGCGCCGUCACCGACCGCGUCACCGACCUCAUAGGGGGAUUGUUCUCCAAGACAGAAAUGUCUGAGGUGCUGACAGAGAUCCUCAAGGUGGAUCCCUCCUUUGACAAGGAUCGCUUCCUGAAGCAGUGUGAGCGGGACAUCAUCCCCAACGUCCUGGAGGCUCUGAUCUCCGGAGAGCUCGACAUCCUCAAGGACUGGUGCUAUGAGGCCACCUACAGCCAGCUGGCCCAUCCCAUCCAGCAGGCCAAAGCCUUGGGGCUCCAGUUCCAUUCCAGGAUCCUGGACAUCGACAACAUCGACCUGGCCAUGGGGAAGAUGAUGGAGCAGGGGCCAGUGCUGAUCAUCACCUUCCAGGCCCAGGUGGUGAUGGUCAUCAAGAACCACCAAGGGGAGGUGGUAGAAGGGGACCCGGACAAGGUGCUGCGGAUGCUCUACGUGUGGGCCCUGUGCCGGGACCAGGACGAGCUCAACCCCUACAUGGCCUGGAGGCUGCUGGACAUUUCCUCCUCCAGCACGGAGCAGGUGCUCUGAGCAGGGCUGGGCUGGGCCCUUCCCACCCCUCUGGAAGCAGCUCCAGCCCACAACUCCCCACGGGGAGGAGUUCCCAAAUUUUUGGGAUUUUGGGAGAGCUCCCGAUUAUCCCAAUCCCUGAGGAAUGGGAAUCCCUGCUCGGGAAUGUCUGGGACGAGCAGGUGCUGCUUUAUCCUCGUGCCUCAGGAGGCUCCUGGGAACCCCACAGAGCUCUCAUUCCCACCUGCUGGCACCUUUGGAGAUCCUUGGAAAGGUCUUGGAGGAGCUCCUGGCUGCCAAAUCUCCUGCCCGGGCUCCAGCCCCGCGUCCCUGCCAUGUCUUGCACUUUCCCAAACCAAAUACAACCAGGACUUUGCACAAGGAGGUGUUGGAUCCUCAGGUUGGUGGUGGGAUGGGGCUGAUGUUUGAAUAUCCAGGGGUGAGAUUUGUUUAUCCACAGCUUGGCAGGGGGAACGUUGUUGGUUCUGGUCACAAAGAGGCACAGCUGCAUCCCUUGGGGUGGUGGGGAGAGUGUGGGACAGGAGAGGGAGUGUCUGAGGAGUGGGAUUGCUCUGGGAAUGCUGAAUUUUUCUGUCCCACCCUGUCUCAUUCCCAGGAGGAAAGCUGUGCUCCUUGCUCAGCUCUCUGGGCUCAUCUGCUCCUCAUCCCCACACAGAUCCCAGCUCCAGGAGCAGAAACUUCCCCAGUUUGCUGCUGGAGCUUGGGGUGAAUUCCCCUUUCAGGCCCAAUUUAAAAAAUGGGGUUUGAAAAUCCCAAAUCAUGGAAAAAAAUCCCCGAAUUCAGGUUCCAGUGGGGUUUGGGACCCUCUCCUUCUUGAGCUUCAUCCUGCUGGGAGGAAGAGCAGGGGGAAUGGCUGAGGGGGAGCAGGAGCUGUGGAAUUUGGGCUUCUCCUGGAGGGGUUUGGGGGCUGAGCUGGGGCCAAGGCACCACCUGCCCAUGGAAAAGGAGGUUGGGAAAAGAUUUGGAGAGGAAAUCCAAGGAUUGCUGUGGUGCUGAGGGUGAGGCAGGACAGCUCUGCCCUGCCAGUGUGAUUAAAGAGAAUAAUUCCA